CGGACAGGAACGGAGGGAAAAAACAAAAUACGAAUUUUGCUUCCUGUAGGUCAAAACGUUACCUGUCACCUGCGGUACGGUGAAGUGUGUUUGAGGACACAGGGGGACAACAUUCACAACAAUGGCUCUGUCUCAGUGCCUCGACGACUCGCCUAUGAGGUUUGGUCCCAAACGUACCGGGGCCGAGGACCUGAACCUGCAGGAGGUGUACAACGAGAGACACCGACUAGCGCUGGAGGAGCUGCUGUCGGGAGGACUCGACAACUUUCUGGACUUCCUUAGGAAGGAGAGGAUCCCAAACUUUCUGUCUGAUGAGGAGAUAAAGGGGAUCAGGAGCGCCGCCGUGCCCCCGCGUUGUGUGUCCCUGCACGCGGAGGAGCAGCAGCCGCUGGAGCAGUCGCUCAGCAGCUCUCUGGACUGCUCCUCCGUCACCUACUUCCCCGAGGUGUCAGACGUUGAGCCCCCGCUGCUGGAGAUCGGCUGGCCCGCCUUCACCGCCGGCUCCUACCGGGGAGUCACACGGGCUGUGGCGCACUUCCAGCCCAGCUACGGGGAGUGCAUCUAUAGCUGCAAGGAGGCUGUCAGGCGGAUGAUUAAAAGUGCCAGAGAGGUGAUUGCCAUAGUUACAGACUCCCUGACAGACCUGGAUAUCUUUAAGGAUCUUCAGGAGGCAUGCUCCCACCGAAAAGUCCCCGUCUACAUCCUGCUCGACCAAUCAUGCGCUCCUGCUUUCCUCAAGAUGUGCAGAAAUGUCAACGUUCGCCUGGACGACCUGCAGCAAAUGAGAGUGCGAACCAUAACCGGUACAACUUAUUACAUGAGAUCAGGAGCGAGGAUUACUGGGGAAGUUCAUGAGAGGUUCAUGCUGAUUGAUGGAAACAGAGUGGCUACAGGUUCCUACAGGUUCAACUGGACAGACGGAAAACUAAACAGCAGCAACCUGAUUGAGCUUUCUGGUCAGAUAUCAGAGAAAUUCGAUGAGGAGUUCCGCAUCCUCUACGCCCAGUCUCUGCCUAUAAACACUCGAGGACCUCCAAGUGUCCGAAACAGCGGCAUUUACGAACAUCUCCUCAUCAAACAAUCCAUCACCUCCUCCCCUCAUCCGGCCAGUGGGAGGCCCAUGGAGCCAGUGUGCCUGACCAGCACACCCAGCCGCAAGCCCCUAAACGAAGAUGUCCAGCUCCCAUGCGAUCCCUCAACUCCAGAUCAUGUUAAAACCAACCCAGUGUCCGACUCCUCUACCAUAGGCGAGGACUGGACGGAGCAACAGCACAUGCAGGAGGAGAUCCUGGCUGGUAGCAACACAGGGUGUUUCCCUGCUGAUCAGCUCACAGAGAAAGAGCCGGCGACCCCAAGCAAUGUCCCCUGCCACGCCUCCACUCAGACCAGCUGGUCAGUGGCGGACAGUGACACCCAGACUGACCUCCAGCUCACACAACACCCCAAUCUUAUCACACCAAUGAACACAGGUGCAGACCAGGCCACCUCUCCAAGGCAGAUCGCGCCCACCCAGGCCGCUCCAGAUGGCACCUUAAAGGAUUGUUUCCACAAGCUGACCAAGGAGCGCCAGCACCAUUACUCCACCAUUCGCACCAAACUGGAGCACAUGGUGACCGCCCUGUCCCAGCGCCGAGAGCUAGCGGACAUCACCAACAUGACUCAGGGGCCUGGCGCUCACAGCAGGCAGAGGGUACACAAAGACUGUGAGCAGGAACCAAACCCCAGACUGCUUGUUGAAAGUGCGGGCAUGGGCACGCGGCCAAGAGCCAGAUGUGUACACUAGUUUGUCUUCAGGGAUUUCGCUGAUGGAGGGUGGUGGGGGAAGAGCUGUUCCAAGGUUUCAUGUGGAUUCUCUGUUUCAAAUAAAUGGCUCUGGCUCAGGCACUGUUUGUUAUUUAUGAGAGCUUAGGGGGUGGUGCAAAGUGGGGGAAGCACUUCAUAUAUUUUUUAAUCUCUGGGGAGGGACAUUCAGCUUUAUAUGGCUGCUUUUUUGUAUUUAUUUUGAACACAACCCCAAAACCUCCAAGUGGGGUUUAAAGGCAUUUUUUCUUUAAAACUAGCCAAAAUCACAACAUAUAUCAUAGCCAGAAACUGUGAGAUAUGGUUAUUUAUGGUGGAGUGAGAGUCAUUUUUUCCCAGUCACUUUGGGAAGAUAUUUGUAGCUCCGGGGAAGGUCAAAAUAUCAAAAAAAACCAAAGUCACACCCCAGCCACCCCCCUACUCUGAUAAAUACAGCACAGCCUUUCAUGCAGUUGAAUACUAGCUUACUUCUUUUUGUCUUUUCUGCACUUUUGUCCUUUUCAUUGAGUGUCUUUUCUAUGUCAAAGGUCAUUGUAAUGGUAACACAGUUUAUACUUUUUUCCACCAAAGAUGCGGCAUAGUAAUAUUUUUUUUGAUCAUUUCAAUCAGUUUAAUGAAUAUCCUUAGGGAUAGGGACUGGAUGAUAUCUGCUGUAGUAUGAGUGAAAAUGCAUUUAAGUGCUGUUUUUGGUUAUUUAAUCAAAUUUGGCUGCUGUAAGUGAAUCUACUGAACAACAUUCCAGAGAGCAGCUGGCUCUCUCUGCGUUUUUGCUAAUAAACAAAGUAGUAUUUUGCUA